CAAAACAAAUGAUCGCCACGAUUGGACCGACACGCAUUGCUCAAUCGAUGGGAUGACCUCUACCGACUGGUCGACCUGCUCCUGACCUCACGUGCGGGCACACGCCGCUGGUAUGCUUCCCAAUGGCCCAUCGAACCACCGCCGGUCCUGAUGCGCCUAUGCGAUGCCCCGUUGCGCCCCUCCCAUCAGUGCCACCUCAGGGCAAUGCACAGCACUUCUUCGGCGGCGGCGGCAACAGCGAAAGCAGUGCGCGCUGGUCUUCUAGAAGCGACAGCUCAUCUGCUGUGACCGAAGCGGCCACAACGAGCUACAAUAAGACGACAGAGGAUCUGACGGAUUCAGAGGAGAAUGAAGAGUACGAAGACGAAGUCGUUGGCCAUGAGCGAGUACAAAUUCGCGUGGCGUCUGCUGGGCAACGCGCAACGUCCGUACCUCGGCCACCGCCGCCAAGCUUGUCGCCAGUCGCGUUGCCGCUGCUGCCGGUCCUGCUCCUCCUUCACCUGUUCUAUCACAUCGCGAUAGGGAUCGUUGCCGCAGCAGCAGCCUUGCGCUUCUACAUACGGGCUUCAAGACUCCAGCCUCUGACUUCGCGCAACGUCUCCAGCGUGGAGGCUCGCUUGGCUGCUCGUACAAGCCGCAGCCCAAAGCACGUAGCUUUGAUACUUGCGCCUCCACCCCCGAGCACGACACUUCUUCUCGCCCGAGCGGCUAUGCGGGCGGCGGGUGCUACGCUCGCUCCUCUGCAGGCGAAUCCGGAGGAGCGACGUCAUGCGCUCGUUGCGCAGCUACGUGAUGUGGCUCGCUGGUGCGCGCUGUGCGGCACGCCACGUCUGACAGUGUACGAUCCGGAUGGCCUUCUGGCAGAUUGCUUCAACCAAACGUCCGAGUGGACGCUGCGGUGGUCGCCGUCCGACGUGUCGACGACCAACAGCACCGAGUCCCGCCUCUUGGCACCUGUCGAUCCCGGCUCUUCGCCCACCAUGAGCGACAGCUUUGUGUCGUUCGCAAGCGCAUCCUCGGGACGUAGCGAAGAGGAAGAAGGACAGAAGCACGGCGCGCACGAUGGUACCGCUACUCGUGCACACGCGUCCGGUCAGCGUACCGAUGAGAUCCAACUGCGCAUCGAGGUGCUGCUACCAGGCCGCAAGGCACAAGGCACAUCUCGCGGGCUCGGCGAUGGCGCGCGUCACCUGCAGUUGCAUGUGCUCGGUCCGCAAGAUGGCAAGGGAGCGCUCGUGCAAGCGAGCAAACACUUGGUGGAGGAGGCGCUGGACGGAAAGAAUGCAAACAUCGACAUUGCUCGGGUCGACGAGAUCUUGCAAUCACAUGGCUACCCGCCUGAGCCUGAUCUGCUCGUUUUGCAUGGUGGACCACGUCGCGUAUGUUCCUUGCACGGCUUUCCGCCUUGGAGUCUGAGGAUAACCGAGAUAUUGUGAGUGUUGAGUGUUGCUGGAAUCUUGAUUGGGAAGCGGUUAUGUUGGUGUUCAGGCACGACUACCAGACUGACCUCGGCGCUUGC